AUGUGUAUUUGGAGUACACCAUCAGGGAAGCUUUUGGGGUUUAUGGUCAGUCGAAGAGGUAUCGAGUUGAAUCCUUCAAAAAUCAAAGCAAUUCAAGAAUUGCCACCUCCAAAGAACAAAAUUGAGGUUAUGAGCCUUCUAGGAAGGUUAAACUACACCAGCAGAUUCGUUGCUCAACUCAAAACAACUUGUGAGCCUAUCUGUAAGUUAUUGAAAAAGAAUGCCACAGUCGAGUGGACUGACGAAUGUCGAGAAGCUUUUGAAAUUAAGAAUUACCUAUCGAAUCCCCCUGUGUUGGUUCCUCCCGAGCUGGGAAGACCUUUGAUAUUGUAUAUGUCAGUACUGGAUAAUUCUUUUGGUUGUGUACAGGGUCAGCAUGAUGACACUGGGAAGAAAGAGCGGGCCAUUUAUUACCUCAGCAAGAAGUUUACCGUCUACGAAGCGAAGUACAACCUUCUUGAAAGAAGGUGUUGUGCCCUAACUUGGGUAGCACAAAAGUUGAAACAUUAUCUUUCAUCUUACACUACUUAUCUCAUAUCUCGUAUGGAUCCAUUGAAUUACAUUUUUCAAAAGCCCAUGCCCACAGGCAGGCUUGCGAAAUGGAAAAUAUUGCUCACAGAGUUUGACAUUAUCUAUGUAACGCGGACCGCAAUGAAAGCUCAAGCAUUGGCAUAUCAUCUGGCAGAGAACCCUAUUGAUGAAGAAUAUGAACCACUUAAAACCUAUUUUCCAGACGAAGAGAUAUCUUGUAUUGAUGAAGAUAUUAACGAUAACAAUCAAGGUUGGAAGUUAUUCUUUGAUGGUGCCUCUAACAAGAAAGGAUUUGGAAUAGGAGUUGUUCUUAUAUCUGAAUCAGGGGAAUAUUACCCUAUAUCAGCCCAACUUAGAUUCUAUUGUACUAAUUAUAUGUCUAAGUAUGAAGCGUGCAUUUUAAGUCUGAGGUUAGCUGUUGACAUGGGCAUCCAUGAAUUGUUAGUGUUAGGAGACUCAGACUUACUAGUUCAUCAAAUUCAAGGAGAAUGGGAAACUCGAGACCCAAAGCUCAUACCAUAUCAACAUUGUUUACAAGAUGUUUGUCAACAAUUCGUGUCGAUAAAGAUUAGACACAUUCCCAGAGUGCACAAUGAGAUUGCAGAUGCAUUGGCCACUUUAUCUUCGAUGCUCCAACACCUUGAUGACGCUCAUAUCGACCCUUUAUACAUACAAAUUCGUGAUCAACAUGCUUAUUGCAACAUGAUUGAGGAAGAAUUUGAUAGUAAGCCUUGGUUUCAUGAUAUCAAAACAUAUCUUCAGUCUGGAGAAUGUCCGUCGGAUGUAACUAGUAAUCAAAAGGACUAUUCGACGACUAGCAAUGGGUUCUUUCUUAAGCGAAGGCAUAGUAUAUAA